AUGCCAGAGAAAAGAUCGAACUAUCAUUGGGCAGAAUCCGACUUAUCUGGGUGGGCAAAGGACAAGAUCAAAGAGGCUUUAGAAGCCCGAGGAUAUAAGGUGUACGGAAUGGAUGUAUUGGUUAAGAUAUGCCAAAGAAUGAAUACCUUGGGAUUGGUGUAUAUGAUAAGCUUUGAGUGCACGAAGGAUGAAAAGUAUUGUGGAGUAAGGAACUUUUACUCUGUAUCUGAAAAGGCUGAUGGGAUGGAAGACUUUGAAUGGUUUCCAAAGUUCUUCAAGGAAAUGGAGGGAGAGGCAGUACUCAAGUUUGGAAACAGAGUUUUGGAUGUCAAUAAGGAAAUGGGAGAGAGGAAACCUUGUGCUAAAAGCGUAAGUGCAGAAGAGGCGAAAACUAUGGAUGUGAGCUACAAAGCAACUAUUAACUGCGAGGUUAGAGAGCUUAUGGAUUUCAUUUUAUCUAAGGAAUACAUUUCUGUGUGGAGUGGGCACAGAGCAGCUUUUGAAGGGGAUGAUAUUCUGAUCGAUAAUGUGAUCAUUCGCGAGUUGAAAGAAAAGAACGGAGGAAUCGAAAUGAAAUGGAAGCUUAAAGAAUGGAGUAACUUUACUGAGGUCAGAAUACAGCUUGAAGAAUUUCUUAACAGCUCAAAGAUAACCUUAAAGCAAAAGAAUGUCCCGAUUAAGGAAGAAGGAAGCAUUAGAAUGUGGUGGAAUGAGAGAGUGUUCGUCCCUAUUUCUGCUUGCUUUGGAUUUGUAUUGAAGCCUUCUGAGUAG